AGUGGGAGAUCUGCUGCUUCCUGUAGACAGAAUGAUGAUUGAAGACAAAGCUGGGUGUGGACUCGUCUCUCAGGGCUGCUGCUUACACAGCUGGUAAGCUUGGAUUCUCCUGCAUAUUUAACCUAUUUUAAGAAGAGAAGAGUGAAUAUCUGCUUUCAGUUUACUGUACAAGCCUAUUUCAGAUGGAAUACAAACUAUCAUUUAAGAAGAUAUUGUGCAGGAUGGACAUGACCUGGUUGCUGAUGUUGAAGAAAUAUGGCAGUCAUGACUGACGUUUAUUGAACUAGCUGCUGGAAGAAGAGGAAACUAAAAAGGGAUCAUAAAGAAACCGAAGCCCUCAGAGAGGACAUAACGCCCACAGUGCACACUUAGAUAUCAAAUGGCUAGCAACAACACAGCAGGCAUAGCACAAGCCAGAAAGAUGGUGGAACAGCUGAAAAUGGAAGCCAACAUUGACAGAAUAAAGGUGUCCAAAGCAGCAGCAGAUUUGAUGGCUUACUGCGAAGCUCAUGCUAAAGAAGAUCCUUUACUGACACCGGUUCCUGCAUCAGAAAAUCCCUUCAGAGAGAAGAAGUUCUUUUGUGCCAUCCUGUAAAGCCCCACCCAGCCUGAAAGUCAGGCUGUUCUGAACAAUGAUGUUGAAUUUUACCAAUGUGGACACAUUCCUGUCUGCAGAAUUUUUAGCAAAGCCUGGAAGCUACAGGGAUGUGCAUGUUUAAAGAAUCUUGUCAGCUUAUUGGGAAUGGAAGCAGAAGAACCACCUUGUGAAAAUAGAGAUUCUAAAACCGCUUAGAAUGAAACAGUGUAGAGAUGUGUAACAUUUUUGCUCUUGCAAGGACCGUAAAUUAUGUUUGAUAGUUUGAUGUCUAAAGUAUGACAGUUAUUCCAAGAAAGGUAAAUACUGAGGAAAAUGUAUAAUUUUAUUGGAAUGAUAAUUGUUGUUCUUCAAUAUAAUUUUAAUUUAAGUUAAACAGACAAGUAUACAAUUAAGAUAGAUUACUGUGGUGUUGUACCUUAACAUUUGGUUAUGUGCUUUUUUGCAUUAGAGUAGCACAAUGAUAUGCUGGACUUUGCUUUAAGAGCUGAUUUUCAAGGAAGAGAAAUGUUACUAACAAGCAUUUGGCAAAUGGAAUGUCAUUUGCGAAACAUAAAAGCUGGCAGCUUGUGUAUUUUCUUAAACUCUUCUUAGUGCUUCUCCAACAUUUGUGGAUAGUUGCUUACGAUUUCUGCUAGUACAAGUAACACGUGCUAUUUAGUGAUCCUAAUAUUUGUGAUAGCAACAAAAGAAUUGCAUGGAAAUGUUCCAGCCAUUCCCCUUUUAAUUGAUUUAGUUUAGUUGAUCUGAAAUGAUGCAAUGUAAAUAUACAGAACACAAGAUUUUAAUUUCAAGUUCUAACUGCUAAUGAAGCACAGCCUAUUUCUUAACAGCCCUAUUCUCUCACUAAUGCUUGUGAACACUAUAAGAAAUAUGUCGUUAAAUCAUUUAUAUAAACAGUUUAUACCAAAUUAAAUAUUGUAAAAUAACACGUUUUACUGGAAGUAAAACUUGCAUGCAAACAAUAGUACAUAGACAUACAUGUUAAUGUUUGAAAAGCAAGACUAAUAGUCAAUAAGUAGCUUUGUAUACAAAGAACUGAAAAGAAAAACAGACCAAUGGUUUACAAAAUUCUUCUUGGUUCAUCAAUUUAACAAAAUAAAACAGUUUUAGAAGCCAAAAGAAUCAAUCCCUUGAUGCAAUCUUUCUGUGUAUCUUUUUUUACCCAACUGAAACAGCAGGAAAGGCUGUUGGACAGUGUAAUAUGCAGAUGAACAAACAGGUCUCAACUUUUGUGAAUAAUCGGAUAAUUUUACCUCAGACUGUUUCACCGCCUUUUAACAAACCUUUUUGAUAUUUUCAAAGUGUAUUUUUACUCAAUUGCUAAUUUUCUUAGAUCUGCAUGUACCAACAUCUGCCAUUACACUGCCAAACAAGCCCUCUGCCUCAUUUCCAAUUCAAUACAAAAGAGUGAUAUAUCAUAGUAUUAGACCCACAUCUGCACAGAAAAGUAGGAGUCAUCAUCAAACAAACCGAUACAUUAACCAAAAUAGCUACAUUGAAAACAUUACAAAAUGAGGAAGACUGACAUGUAUGACUAUGGCUUGUUGAGUCUAAUUUUUCUGCAAACUUGUGUUCAUGGCAGCAGUGAGUUGUAGUGCCUAUUUGAGUCACCAGGAAUGCUAUAUAUGACAGUAAGAAUAAAAGGGAUGUGUGAAUUUUCUUAAACUGAGUACAUUGUAAAAAUGUGUAUUGUAUUUCUGGUUGUAUACCCUUGUUAGCUUUGUAUCGGGAAACUUGAACAAAGUAUGAUGUAUUGCACAUUUUCAUGCCAUGUGAACAAUGUAUCAGUUUUAAAUAAAAUCUUCAGAACAUUUCA